GUUAUGAAAGCUGACCAGGAUACUAAAAUCACUCGGCUGAUAGCUGGCAUGGCCCGACUGCAAGACACCAGCAACGCCUUCGGUCUCGAUAUUAGCGAGAGAGUCAGGGAGAGAUUCUGUACGCUCGAGGCCAAGAGUCUUGAGAGUCGCAGAAAUGAAGUUGGCAAGCGGGGUUCAAAGUCAAUAAGUCAGCGCAG